UUCCCAAACAAACAUUUCCGUUUGUGCUCGAGCAGUCAUUUUCAAAAAAACAUACAAAAUGAAAAUAAUCCUUGCAAUAAUUUCUCUUUCGAUCAUCGUGAUUCGAGACGCUCUGGUGUUUUAUCUCGGCAAAAAAUACGAAAUGUACGUUGACUACCAAUGGAUCAAAUUCAAAAACGACUACUCCAAAACCUACGACUCCUUGGGCCAGGAGUUAUAUCACUACGAUGUCUUCCAGGAACACCUAAAGAGAAUAGAAGAACACAACAAGAAAUACGAAGCUGGAAAGGUGUCAUGGAUGGAAGGAAUCAACGAGUUCAGCGAUUUGAAUGAACAGGAAUUGAAAAAUAAGCACUUAUUUGGUGUAAUAGGUGAAGUAAACGACACAGUCGAAGCGAGAUAUUCACGUCGUUUAAAACAUGUUAUGAACGGCAAUGCACCGGAUUCCAUCGAUUGGAGGGAUUUUAAUGUCUUGACAAAGGUCAGGCAACAAAGCCAACGCUUUACCAUUUGCGGAAGUUGUUGGGCCAUAUCGGCUGUGGGUUCCAUCGAAAGUCAGUACGCUAUAAAAACUAAAGAACUGGUAGAAUUAUCCGUGCAAGAGUUGAUCGAUUGCACUGAAAAAAAAUUUGCAAGAGGGUGUGAGGGCGGCAUGACAUUUGCAGGAUUUCAAUACGUUAUGGAUAACGGCGUGGAUACCGAGGAAUCUUAUCCCUACGAAGCCAGAGAUGGAAUCUGUCGAAAAACAAAAUCAAAGGUUAAAAUAAGCGGUUAUGUUGUCAUACCAAAGACUGAUGAAUAUUUGAUGGAUGCUGUAGGUACCGUUGGGCCAGUAUCUGUAGCUAUGAAAUUCGAUGAUUUUACGUUCUACGGCGGGGGCAUCGUUAAAUGUGCUGACUCAAAAGGACGUCCCAAUCAUGCGGUACUUCUUAUUGGUUAUGGAGAGGAAGACGGCGUACCGUACUGGUUGUUGAGGAACUCUUGGGGGGAAAGGUGGGGAGAAAAGGGUGAUUUUAGGAUACAAAGAGGCAUUGAUAAGCAUGAUUGCGGCAUCCAUGAUUUUCCCUUUUAUCCUAUUGUUGAUGUAGAUGAAGCUUAAAAUUAGGGCAAAAAUUAUGCAAAGACCGAAGAGUAAGGGUAACUCGAUAAAAAAGAGAAAGGACAAGAAGGAUCGGUUAUUUGUUAAUAAUAUUUAAACAAAUAAAACAUUGUUGUCGC